UCCAUUUUUAUUUCUUCUUCUCCUCCUCCUCCCGAUUCUCUCUCCUGAUCCAGGUAGAGGAAUAUAUGGACAUCGACGACGUCCUUGGGGAUACCCGGGCCGUGAGCUUCCCAACGAAGAGCGCGGUGUACGUGUGGGGUUACAAUCAAUGCGGGCAGACGGGCAGGAAGGGCAGAGAGCGUCAGCUGAGGAUCCCGAAGCAGCUCCCCCCCGAGCUUUUCGGGUGCCCGGCUGGGGCCAACUCGCGGUGGUUGGACAUUGCUUGCGGCCGCGAGCAUACCGCUGCCGUCGCCUCAGACGGGUCUCUUUUUACUUGGGGGGCUAAUGACUUUGGGCAGCUGGGAGAUGGAACAGAGGAAGGGAGAAAAUUCCCCAAGAAGGUCAAGCAAUUAGAGACGGAAUUCGUGAAGUCCGUGUCAUGUGGAGCACAUUGUACUGUUGCUAUUGCAGAGCCUUGUGAUAAUGAUGGAAGUGUAUCGACAAGCAGACUUUGGAUUUGGGGCCAGAAUCAGGGAUCAGAUUUUCCGCGUCUGUUUUGGGGGGCUUUUACUCCAAAUACGAUAAUUUGUCAAGUAAGCUGUGGGGCUGUUCAUGUGGUGGCUUUAUCAGAAGAAGGUCUUCUGCAAGCUUGGGGCUACAAUGAGUAUGGUCAGCUUGGCAGAGGUAUUACUUCUGAGGGACUUCAGGGGGCUCGGGUAAUAAAUGCUUAUGCCAAGUUUCUUGAUGAAGCCCCCGAGCUUGUGAAGAUUACCCAUGUGUCAUGUGGAGAGGACCACUCGGCUGCUAUAUCAGAUAAAGGCGAGGUCUACACUUGGGGCCUGGGAAGCAUGGGUCAGCUGGGGCAUUGCUCCCUUCAGUUUGGGGAUAAGGAGUUGUUGCCGAGGAGAGUUGUUGCCCUUGAUGGGAUACACAUAAAGGAUGUUGCAUGUGGUGGUGUACACACAUGCGCUUUGACUCUCGAGGGAGCCCUUUAUGCUUGGGGAGGUGGUCAAGCAGGGCAACUGGGCCUGGGUCCCCAGACUGGGUUCUUCUCGUGUAUUCCUAAUGAUUCUGAAACAUUUUUUCGAAAUAUCCCUGUUUUAGUUGUUCCAAAUGGUGUUCGACUUGUUGCAUGUGGACAUUCCCACACGCUCAUAUCAACUAGAGAUGGAAGGAUACAUGGUUGGGGUUAUAACAAUUAUGGUCAAGCAGCUAAUGAGAAAUCUACCUAUGCUUGGUAUCCAUCUCCAGUUGAUUGGUGUGUGGGGGAAGUGCGUAAACUCGCAGCUGGUGGUGGUCAUUCAGCUGUUUUGACUGAUGCCUGUUCCCUGAAGGAACUCUGUGAGUUUAGGCUUGCAGACACUGUUACGUUAUUGAAUGCUUCUCAAAUCGAGGAUGUUGCAUCCAGAACUGGAUCAGAUGCAUUAGCACGCCUAUGUGAGAGACUGAGGGAGGACUUACUUGAUGGUCGGAAUCACGGGAUUGAAGAUGGAGAGCCCACUGCUGGGAAGAACGGAUAUUAUUGAUACCUCUGUUCACUUCACCAUCCAUAAAAUCGUUUGGCGAUUUUCAACCCUGCUGGUCAACUAGGCAGGGGUAUUACUAGUAAUAAAAAAGAAACCACAAAGUCCAACUAGCGCAUCUAGGUUAUUUCUCAUUGGCAACUGAUCAGUACUAAUUACCUGACAUUUUGCUUACCGGGUCUGGUUGUGACUAUCGACCGGCAGAUAAGCAUAGAUUAGCCAAAGUGUAUACGUGAUUGCUGACAGUAUUCAACAUGCUUUAACUCU